AAAAUCGUGAAAAGCUUCCAUUCAAUCAUCGUGGUGGAUCUAAACCAUUUGCAUUUCAUCGUCAGCAUAACUCAAUGAGUGUUGCCACUGGAGAGUUGCAAGGGGAAGUGGAGUUAUUUCGUGCCACUCACUACAAUGAAAGUAAGGGAUGGAUCAAUGACACAGCUAAAUCUCGAUAUGAAGAGAUGCGUAAGCUUCAAGAGCAGAGUACCCAAGAUGGAGAUACUCCUAUCUCUGACUUGGAGAUAACUCAAAGAGUACUAGGGAAGCGAUCAGGUUAUAUUCGAGGUUUGGGAUAUGGGUCACGACUUAAGCGUUCGACUACAACUGAAUUUCCUGAUGAAGAAACAGAGAGGUUACGACAACAAAUCACAAAGUUAGAGGAGUUUAAAACAACAGCUACCACUCAAUUGGAGGAGUUAAAGGCAAUGAUCCAGACUUUAAUGCCACGACAAACCAACACUUCUAACCAACCACCACCUCAUUCUAGCUCAACUUCCCAACCACCACUGUCACCAUCGAGUUGAUAUUAUUAUGUGGUUUGCUAUUAUUUAUUGGUCACUUUUAUUUUAGACAAUAUUCGAAUGGUACUUGGACAAUGUUAUUUGCACGUAUGUUUUGCAUUGA